GGGAGUUACGGAGCGGCAGCGGAUAUGCUGCAGCAUCUUAUUCCGCGGAAGAAAGCGUGCUUGUGUGAAAGGGAAGAAGUGUGAACAAUGGAUGAUGAUUCCAGCACUCACUCCAUGCCUUCAUCGUUUACAGAGAGCUUAGAGGCCGCAAUGGAAAUAGAGGGACGUUACUCCAGAGUUCUUGCUUUCUCCUGUGUCUCUGACCUUAGAAAUGAAGGAAAAAGCUUUUCUCCUGAUUCUUAUUUAGCAAGUGGUUCUCUUAAGAGGAUUUUGCUGUGGCUGGAUCCCUUUCCAAUUGAUUAUGAAGAGGACAUCGUGGAAUUAUUUGGUUUUCAAUGGGUCACUGAAAUUGCUUUAGUUGAAUCUUGUACACUUCUCUUUGGAUUAUUUAGGCAAUUUAUAUAUAAAUUAGAAAACCUUGUUCAGUCAAGUUCAUCUGACUUUGGUCAAGCUGCAAACCUUCACUUAGAAGCCCGUAACACAAGACAAAAAUGUGUUGAGUUUCUGCAAUAUGUGAAAGUUUUCAUCUUCAGGUACCUGGAGCCACAUGAAACAGAAGAUGAGUUGUUCCAUCCAUAUGAGAAACAAGAAGCACAACUGCCUUCCUUGCUUGUUGAAGAACUCUAUUCUUUGACACUGCAUAUUGGCCACCUAUACGACCUUCCUACUUGCAUUUUAGAAGGAAUUUCCAUUCCACCUCAAGCAAAGUUAUUUCCUCCAUCAUGGCAUUUGCUGCAUCUCUACAUAGACAUUCACUGGUCAGUGCUGGAAAUCCUCCAUCUUCUUGGUGAAAAGAUGCAAAGGCAAACCAUAUAUGCUCACAGGUUUACAAAUUUAACUGGAGAGAAUCUAACCAAUAUCAGUUUGUUUGAAGAUCACUGUGGAAACCUCUUACAUGAUCUGAUAAUUUUGUCAGUUAAGAGAUAUUCAAAGGUUAGACUCUCUGAAGCUCUUAUUACUCACCACUAUACUUGUAUCUGUAUAAAAGAGCUGUGGGUUCUGCUUAUUCAUCUACUUGACCACAGAAAUAAAGGAUCUCUUACAGAGUCUUUUUGGAACUGGCUAAAUAAAAUUCUAAGGAAAGUAUUCGAAAAAAGCAGUGCUGCUGCUGCUGCAGUAUCUGCCUUUGAAUCAAUUCCAUGCAAGGAUCCAUUGAGUUUUAGUUGGUGGAUCAUAACCCACUUGGCAUCACUGUAUCACAUUGAUCGGAAUGGAUAUAUAGAUGAAAAGAAACCAAUAGAAUCCAACUGGCCUUAUGUUGAAGAUCUGCUAAAACAGUCAAUCAAUAAUCAAGCUGGAAUUUUAGAAGAACAGUUACGGAUGCAUCUUCAGUGUUGCUUGACGUUAAGCUGUAUCUGGGAUGUAAAUCUCACUAUUGUCACCGUACUUUGGGAACACAACAGCAAAAAUCUGAACAAUCCCUUUACCAUUCCUUGGUUUGGUCUCAAAGGUCUUGCAAAUAUUAACAAGACACCCUUGUCUAUGUAUGAGUUGAUAAAGAGCUGUUGCAAUGACAUACAUACCCCUGACAUGUAUAUAUCCUGCAACAGUUUCCAAUUUUUUCUUCGCAUUUUGGCACAAAUAAUGAAGAAAGCAGGAAAGAUCAAUGGUGUUCAUCCAUGGAAGCAGAUCAAAGGAAGAAUUUAUUCCAAAUUCCACCAGAAAAGAAUGUGUGAACUGACGGAAGUUGGGCUUCAAAAUUUCUUAUACCUUUUCCUGGUGCUGGCAGCUCUAGCAGAGACAGAAGAUGUGGCAAGCCGCAUGAUGGAACUUCUGCGUUUCCUCAGUCCCGUUUCUACCACGGUUCCUCAGAAAGCUCUGAUCUGGAAAGGUUACUUUGCUUUCAUCUUAACAUACAUUGACAAGAACAUGGACGUCAGCGUGCUUGCUGAGCAACUCUCAGUGGCUUUUUGUGAAAAGGCAAAAGAAUUCUUAGUCGCAAGAAAUGAUCUUUUGCAGAAACGAAAGCUUUGGAUGCUGCUUUCCACGUAUGUUGAUGGUGUCCAAGAAGUUUUUGAAAGCAGCUUAUACCUGAACCUUUCUGAAGAAAAGCUGCUGAGUGAUGGUUUUAGCAUGUUGUUGCCAGGUUGCCGAGGUGCUGAACUGGCAGCAGUGUUAAACUUCCUGCAAGCUGUUUUGUUCAGGCUGAGAACAGCACACAAACAGUUAAACCAGGGACUUCUGUUAGGGAAUCCAGGCCCCAAUGCACAGCCUUCAUCAGUGGCGAAAGAGCACCACCUUGCUGCUGCCAAAGCUCUCUGGAGAAAUUUCUUUCCAUACUUGAAGGGCCAGAGGAUGUUGAAGACUCCCCCUCCUCAGCUUGCAGAUACAGCUGCAGGUUUGACUUUGUUGGCUUUGGAUUUGCCCAGCACAUGUACAUCAGAUCUCCAGCCUCAGCCAAUUAUAUCUAUGAUGCAUUUGUUUGGAUGGGAUGAUCUGGUUUGUCCUCAGCUGGUCUCACGGUAUCUAACACACCUGAUACAAAACAGUGCACUGACUGAAGCUCUUACUGGCAUGGGUCAUUCAUCUUACCAAUCCUUGUUUGUUCAAUCUUGGUUUCGAUGCAUUUUACAAAUGUUUAUCAAUCAGCCUCCUGAGGCUUUGAUCAGGACAGAUGCUGACCAAACAGCUAGUAACGCUUAUAUGGAGCAACUGACUGAACUGACAAGACUGAUAUUCAAACUACCAGAAGUAGUAACUCUCUUCUCAAAGGCUGACAUUGAUGGGUCAGUCUACAAACAAGAUCCCAAGGAUGCUGUUUUUCAGUUCAUUGAGGCUAUUGGAAAAAACUACAGUGGACUUCAGCAUCUGUCUGAAAAAUCAGUCAUGGUGACAAAAGCACUAGUAUAUCUUGGUGAUAUUUUAAAAUAUGUAAAACCCUACUUAAUAAAAAAAGGGCCUGCAGAAGGACUGCAUCUCACCUACAAAAUAAUAGGAUGCCUUGUGAAGUCCUGGGCAGCCAUAUUGGCUACUUCCAAAGCACAGCCCCUCUUGUUCCGUAUAAUAGAUUGCUUGCUUUUGCCCCAUGUUGUGCUUCAGCAAGAUAAAGAACUGCCUGCAGCGAUGUUGGCUGCCAUUCGUGAGAAUCUUCCUUUUUUCCUUCAGGGCUUGUCCUUUAUAAGUUGCCAUUGCCAGUCUCAGACUCAAAGUGCCUAUCUGAACCAAUUGCUACGGAAUGUUAUUCACCAGUACUUGGGGCGCUUUCUUCUUUUGUCAUCUGUCACUUCUCGAGCUGGACAGCAUCCCAUCUUGCUGGCAUUGUACAGUUCUGCCCCCACUCCAGAAGCCGUGCAUCUACAUAAGGCCUCUGUGCAAGUUAUCAGUGAAAAUUAUCUGCAGUUCAAAGGUAAUGCCCCUCCUCCUUGCCUAGGAUCAGUUUUAGCUUUCACUCUUGAAGCACUGCAAAGGACCAAGAGCAUUGAAAUAUGUGAUGUUGAGAUGUUGCUGCCUUCUGUGUUAAAGUGCCUGAUAUUGGUUAAUGAACCACAAGUUAAAAAACUCUCUACAGAGAUGCUGCAGUACAUAGUAGAAGGCUGCCAAGUAAGGUCAGGAGGCGAGCUUGCCACCCAACUGAUUUCUGUGUUUAGGCAGUUUAUUCAAGAUUACACCACUGUGUAUGAUAAUCAGGUUUAUAGCAUGUUGGAAACAGUGACGGUCCUGGACCGGUCUCUGGUGAUACGCCUGAUUCCGGCUAUGACUGAGGCCCUGAGGAAUUCAGAGUACAAACAAGGUCUUGGCAGAAACACCUUGCAAAGAGAAGCCUAUAAAAGACUCUUAUCUCAGCUCACAGAGGCUGGACAAAUGGAGAUACUGAAACUGGAAAAUGAGUCCUAUUAGUAGCAUGUUGGUUGGUGGGUUUUUUUUUUUUAGGAUAGUUGUUUCACAGAAUGCUGGUUCUUUAUGCAGAUGACAGAUUUCCUGUUUACAGGUGCAUAAUGUUUCUGCGCAUUUUUAAAAUAUAUAAGCAGGUUUUGAUCUAACAUUUUAAUACUUCAAGCAACAUAGAAAAAAGUACCCUGAAUGUUUUUUGUUUCACAUGAAAAUCAUGAGCCAUUGCAACCUAUCAGAACUAUUAGAAGGCUAUGCUAAAAAUAAAAACUUGUUAUAUUGUUUGGGAUCCUCUUUCUUUAAAGGAAUACGCAAAAAGAAGCUGGAAAUGUAAUCUCCAACAGUAACUUUUUCCCUGCUCCAGUAAAUCAGCACCCUUUUGCUGUCAUGCCUUUCAGUUUGACAUCUUGAAUGUUUUGCGCACCGACAUUUCAUAUGAGCAAGGCCAGGAUGAGGUGAAGAUGCUUGAGCACCUUAUGUUAACAGAAGAUCUUAUGUAUGCAUUGCGUGGAAUUGUGACAGCUGUCUUAGCAUUGUCCCUGUUUUAAAAUGUGUAAAUGUGCAUUGCAGAAUUCAACCUGUGACCUGUUCUGUGUUAUCCUUAUACUGGUUUGAGCUGUGUUCCUAUUCUUGAAUACCAAGAACUGAUUCAGUAAUAAAAACUGCUCACCAGGUCACUGCAUUAAUGUUAUUGCUAUGUUUUUCAGCUACCUCCAUCACUUUCUGAUAGUAAUGUAAAUAUUAGAUUCUACAACAGGAGAAAAGAAUGCAGCUGUAGAUACCUUAAUUCAAAUCAGUGCAGUUUGUAUUUUGUAUUUAGAUAUUUUAAGCUGUUUAUCACACAUCCUUCCAGUUCCAGUUCAUACCAGUUCUUCCUGUAAUUUCCAAAAUCUAUUUGCUGUAUGGAUUGUCACUCCCAUUAAAUUAUACGACUUCCAUAACUGGCAAGUAGUCCCUUCAUCCCUAGUAGUGUGUUAUAUUGACUUGGUGGCAAAACUGGUGAAACUAUGAACUUUUCAGAGUCAAUGACCGGAUACUCUU